GCUCGGCGGCGCCUGGCGUCGGGUACACCAACCCAACUUGACCCAACCCAAUUUUAAAGCGCACGAAAAGCGCACGAAGGGGAGGGAGAAAAGGAGAGGAGCGCAGCGACGCGGGCCAACGAUUCCCUCUUCGCUUUAGCGAUGGCCAACGAUUCCCUCGCCCACCACAUGCUGCGCCCCCUCGCCGCCGGCUGCUGCUCCGACGUUGACGAGUACGACGAGGAGGAGCCCGCCAACGUCGCCUUUCCCUCCUUCUGGCCGCCCUUCCCGGCCCUCUCGUCCGACUCCGACUCCGACUCCGACGCCGCCGCCAGCUUCGUGCGCCCGAGCGUGGACCGGCCCCGGGGCCGGGAGACCGCCGCGUCGUCUUUCUUCGGGCUCGGCUUCCACGACGGGGACGACGACGACUGGGCGCCGCCGGACGAGGAGGACGGGGAGGUCGAGCUGCCGCUCUGCUGGGAUUGCCUGCAGCUGGAGGACCACGACAGCCACCCGCGGUGGGACGUGGGCGUCAGCGACGCCGAUGAGUGGGAGCAGGUCGCCGCCGCCAGGGAAGAGGAGGAGGAGGCAGCCGCGGCGUCCGCGGUGAGGAGCCUGGAGUGGGAGGUGCUGCUCGCCGCCAACAGCCUGGGGAGCCUCGUGGUGGACGACGCCGGCGACGUCGAGACGUACUUCCUUGACGACGCCGACGACCUGCUGUUCGGGCAGCUCGCCGCCGCGGAGGCGGACCACGGCCCGCAGGGCAAGUGCGGGCGCCCCGCGGCGAAGGCCGCCGUGGAGGCCCUCCCGACGGUGGUGGUCGCGGAGGGCGACGCGCAGUGCGCGGUGUGCAAGGACGGCGUCGAGGCCGGGGAGCGCGCCCGGAGGCUGCCGUGCGCGCACCUCUACCACGACGUCUGCAUCCUGCCGUGGCUCGCCAUCCGCAACACGUGCCCGCUCUGCCGCCACGAGCUGCCCACCGACGACCCCGAGUACGAGAAGUGGAAGGCGAGGGGGGCCGCCGGGGGCGGUGGCGAGGCGGACCCCCGUGCGCCGGCGACAGGUACGAUGUCUUCGUCAGGCUACCUUGAUGGAUGGAUAGGUGCAGGGGAACAGACUAACUUGCUUCAAUAAUUAGGGCCUCUUUUUAGAGGUGGUGUUGUGUUAAUACUACUUGGCUAUGCAACUUGCUGCAAAUUCCAUUUUGAUCGGGUGGGAGAAGGAUCAAAUCGGAUUGGUGGGUGUGGUGAUGAUUUUCAUAUAGAUUGGUGAGAGCACGGUGCAUUUUGAUUUGAUAAGGUACAAACAGAGGAGAACAAUCACUGCUGCUUUCAGUUUAGAGUCACCCUACUCACCUCAUAAUUCAAUUAAGCACACAGCAUUGUUUGCACAAUUGCACAGUCGAACUUGUCUUUAAAAUGUUCAGGCAAUAGGAAUCUUCCUUUUGCAA